UCUGGCUUGAGCAUGGCCGCCGUGAGGAUGAUGACCCGGAGCCGGGGGCCAGGAGCCGCACCGCGGCGGGGUGGGGAGGAGGCGGCCCCGCUCCAGAGGCGGGAGGCGGCUGCAGAAGGAAAGAAAAGCCCUAGCCUUGCAAAGCAUCAGCGGAAGACACAAAAACUGAAGGUGGCCUACGAAGCCCCAGGUCAUGAGAAAGGAGAGAGCCACAAAGCCCUGGAGGCACUAGGCUGGGAGCCCCGGGACUGGCGGCAGCAGCUGGAGAAUAUCCGCACCAUGAGGAGUGGGAAGGACGCCCCCGUGGACUGGCUGGGAGUUGAGCACUGCCAUGACCCCAGCGCACCCCCAAAGGUGCAGAGGUACCAGGUGCUACUGUCACUGAUGCUCUCCAGCCAAACCAAAGACCAGGUGACAGCAGGCGCCAUGCAGCGGCUGCGCACUCACGGCCUGACGGUGGACAGCAUCCUACAGACAGACGACACCACGCUGGGCUCGCUCAUCUACCCCGUAGGCUUCUGGAGGAGCAAGGUAAAGUACAUCAAGCAGACCAGUGCCAUCCUGCAGCAGCGCUACGGCGGGGACAUCCCAGCGUCUGUGGCAGAGCUGGUGGCACUGCCCGGCGUGGGGCCCAAGAUGGCACACCUGGCCAUGGCGGUGGCCUGGGGUACUGUGUCAGGCAUCGCGGUGGACACACAUGUGCACAGAAUCGCCAACAGACUCCGGUGGACCAGGACCACGACCACGUCCCCUGAGAAGACGCGCGCUGCCCUGGAGGAGUGGCUGCCCCGGUGCGACAGGGUGGGGGGUGGCGGGGCUCCCCUCUGUGUCCCUCCCACACUGACCUCCCUGCCCUUCACAGGGAGCUGUGGGGGGAGAUCAACGGACUGUUGGUGGGCUUCGGCCAGCAGACAUGUCUGCCCUUGCGCCCUCGCUGCGGGGUCUGCCUCAACCGCACCCUGUGCCCCACCGCACAGAGCCCGGAGCCCCUGACACCCGCGCCUGCCCCCUGAUGCCCCCGCCUGCCCCCGCCGGGGAGCCGCAGCCUGUCUGUAAUAAACCCUGGGGGUUGUUUGCA